UUUUCUAAACCCCUGUCUGCUCGGUACCGUUAUUCUUGAAUUACGGCUAUACGAUAUGUAUAUCCUUCACGAAGCAGGCGCAGUUUAGGGGAUUGUUCUGCAUUUCUUCUCGGUGGUCUCUUAUUACAUGAAGCUGCGCUCCAAACUUGAUUCAUCCGCUUAACGUCGAAGUCAUGGAGUCGUUACGUCCUCAGCGGUUGCAACCUGGCAUCGGGCUUGGAAACGCUAGCGGGACCCUCCGUUCAUCUCUUCGUCCGGGAGUGACCGUCCCUACCGCCCCGCCGCCUCCCGUCUCCUGUUUGUCCGCCUCAGGUCCUCCCCCGCCGCCGCCACCGCUGCAGCUGCAUAGCCUAGGGAUGGGGGUAGCAGGAGCUUCCGGGCUUGGAGCCACGGCGGGAGUCCGGGUCGGACUGGGGAGCCCAGGGAACCCUGCGGUGUUACGGGAGGCAGUGGAAGCUGUGGUACGAAGCUUUGCGAAACACACGCAAGGUUACGGCCGGGUAAAUGUGGUUGAAGCCUUGCAAGAGUUCUGGCAGAUGAAGCAGACACGAGGAGCAGACCUUAAGAAUGGUGCCCUGGUGGUUUAUGAGAUGGUACCGUCAAGCAGCCCCCCAUAUGUCUGCUAUGUAAGCCUUCCUGGUGGCAGCUGUUUUGGAAGUUUCCAGUUCUGCCCCACAAAGGCUGAAGCCCGUCGCAGUGCUGCCAAGAUUGCCUUAAUGAACUCAGUCUUUAAUGAACACCCUUCACGACGCAUUACUGAUGAGUUCAUCGAACGAAGUGUCUGUGAAGCCCUAGCUUCAUUCAAUGGAAACAGGGAGGAAGCAGACAAUCCUAACACUGGUAUAGGAGCUUUCCGCUUCAUGCUAGAAUCCAAUAAAGGCAAAUCAAUGUUGGAAUUUCAGGAGCUGAUGACAGUCUUUCAGUUGUUGCAUUGGAAUGGCAGCCUAAAAGCGAUGCGUGAGAGGCAGUGCUCUAGACAGGAGGUGCUGGCACACUAUUCUCAUCGUGCGCUGGAUGAUGACAUGCGUACACAGAUGGCAGCGGACUGGGUGAACAGGGAGCAGACCGUGCCAGGCACUAUUGCACGGGAGCUUGGGGCUGCUGAAAGAGAGUUGGAAGAAGCCAGACUGGCAGGCCGUGAGCUGCGUUUUCACAAGGAAAAAAAGGACAUCCUUAUGUUGGCUGUUGGGCAGCUGGGCAAUUCUAAUGCAAACACUCUGCCAGCCAACUGCUAGGGACCAGCAUCUGGUAUUACCAGACUAUGAGUAAUUGGUAAAAGGCUCUGAUUUUUCAAAAAAUCUAGGGCAUAGAACAGCAUUCUUGGUCACAGUACAACACCCCCCCACCCCUCCAAUUCAUUUGGAGGGCAAAGACUACAGUGUUGUUUCACUCAGUGAUGGCACCACUGUAACCAUUCAUAAGUGGAGUAAACUGAUUAAUUAAUCACAGAUUUUCAAUUAUUAUAACCCAGAUUAUAACCCAGUAAGUUUUAUCCUGCAAAAUUUUAACUGAUAAGUGUUAGACUGCACUUAUAAUUUUUGUACAUAAUAUGAUCUGUCAUUGUUGAUUACCCUGCAAUUUUAAUAUAACUAUAAAAAUGACUAUAAAUAAAGUGCAGUUUACAAAGUACAUAUAUACACUAACCUUAGAAAAAGUGUGCCAAAAUGAAAACAUUAUGAAAAAUAAUUUUAUAUUAAUAUUAAACACUAUAGGUAGAGAUUUUCAAAGGAACAACACUAAAGAGUCAAAUAAAAAUCGGGAGUGGUCUCCCCUAGACUUUCUCGUAUACUCAGAUAUGGGGAUAGAUAUUUGAGGAGUAAAAA